AUGAGAAAGUCACGAAUUUAAUUUUCCCUCGCUCACAUGGGCUGUUUUGGUUAUUUGUGAUAUUUGUAAAAGGCCAUUCAGCGAACUGCAGUUAGAACAAACAGCCAAUAUUUCGCGUUAAACCAUAAAGGAUAUGUUUGUUAAAACAACUUUGGGAGACGAAAUGGUGUAAACGAGGAAUGGAAACCUCUCUGUAGAGUUCUGUUCAAAGAGAAAGAAUCAGCUUUAGGCGAAGAGCGAGGAAAUAAAGAAAAUCUGCAGAUACCUGACGAAAAUAGCUGUUGAAGAAUCACUCAGAGGUGCCAUUCAUUCUAUAGGAUCUCUUCUGUAUACCAUGUUUCCUGCUUUUCUGGCAACACCACACAUGGCAGAAGGACCUGGUAAAACGCAGAGGAGCAAGACAAGUUCGCCAACACCAAGGCUUUGCAAGUUGGCUACCAGAAAAAUGUUUUAUUGUAAGAUUUGUUUAUCAGAAUAUCCACACAAGAAGGGCCAGAAACUAGACAAAUGCAGUUGUAUAUUUUGUAAAGAGUGCCUGGGAAAGUACGUAUCAUACUUGAUUAACAGUGGGCAAGUUCUAAAGCUGCCCUGCCCUGAUGCCUUGUGUCCCAGAAGUGGUAACAUGACCAAGAAUGAAAUUUCUUUGCUGGUUGACAGUGACAUGUUUGAGAAGUAUCAGAGACUGCUCAAACAGAAAGAGGUUGCUGUUGAUAAAACAAAAACAUUUUGUCCAAUGGCUGGUUGUGAAGGAAUUUGCAGUGGACUACCAGACCUGGCACAACCUACAGUCUGUCAAGAGUGUGGGUAUACUUUCUGCUUUGCUUGUAAAGAACACUGGCAUGCUGCUAUGACUUGUGAUGAGUAUAAGAAGGUGAUCUCUGAUUCACAAUCAGGAACAAGAUUUGUGGAUAUAUUACGAGAAAAUGGUGAAUCAGGAGACAUCAAGGAGUGCCCUCUCUGUCAAGUAUUAAUAAUGAGAGAAGCAGGAUGUGCCCAGAUGAUGUGUGGCCACUGUAAACACAUCUUCUGUUGGCACUGUUUAAAAUCUUUGGAUACUGACAUAAUGUUAAGACAUUAUGACAAAGGUCCAUGUAGAAACAAGUUAGGCCACUCACGGGCAUCACUAUUCCUUCACAGGACACAGGUUGUUGCUGGAUUUGCUUUCUUUGGAUUGAUGGUUUUGGUGGCAUCUCCAUUUCUACUGUUAGUCUCACCCUGUUUGCUGCUUUCAAAAUGUCUUUUUCGUAACAAUUGACAUCUCAAAAAAGGAGCAAAUUCUUCUCUAAGAAAAGUUGGUUUCAAUGUGUCAAAUUAAAAUUCUGGUCCAUUGUAAGGGCCAGUCCAAAAAUUAUAUUGAUCUGAAUUAACUUGUUGCUGUUGUUGCUGAAUAAGUAAUUCUGUAAAACAGAAAUAUGCUUAGAUGUACUCCUAAUGUCCAUUUCUAAAAUGAAUUAACUGUGAUGAACUCAUGAAGUAGUGACAUUCAUAUUGAUGACAUCUGUUUGACUGAAAGUCUUUUCAUCCAGUUACUCUUAAUAGCAAAUUGAUAAUAGAAAUAAUAAAGUGUGAUUUCUAUGAAGACUAAAAGAGCUUAAUUUAAGCAAAAAAAGUGCCUGUUCAAUUUGUCACAAUUCAAGUUCUUAACAUAAAUUUAAUUUAACUGUUGUUCCUUCCUCUUAGGAUGUAAGGAAAAUAAUAAUAAGAAUAAAAGACAUUCUUUGC